GUGUGAGAUCGUUGCUGUGUAUCAGUAUAUUGCUCUAUUAACUGAAGGGUUGAACGUAUAGUUCUAUCAACUGAAGUUCUCAAAUUACAAAUUUUAAAAAGUAUUAACUCUCUAGUCGUUACAGUCCACGUUUCUUUGAUAAAAAUCUAUUUAUUCUCCAACUUUUAAUAACAAACCUUUAAUAAUUCUACUUAUAUUAUACAUAUAUUACAGACAGAACUGAGAUCAGUGGAAGACGAGCUCGCUUCAACCCAGAGCAAAGAUGUUUUAUUACAACAAAAUGUGAUUGUUGAUGAAGAUGUAAAUUUAAAUACACGAAACAACGAAAUGGAACAAAUUCCUGGAACGGUGUCGGAGAAUCAUGUCAAUGAUUCUGGUUUCUUGGAAAAUGCUGUAAAGCCAAAAGAAACUGAAUCCAAUGUUCACCACUCGAAUGAUAUUGCUGAGAAAAUGAGGAAUGAUUCUAUGGUCAUUCAGGCUAAAUAUGACAGCGAACCAAAUCCAGUUGAAAAUCACGUGAAUGAUAGCAACGGAAUGAUUGAAAAUGAUUUGAGUCCACAAGAACAGGUCGAAAACAACUCAGAAGACAUGGGAGAAGGUCUGAAGUGUAAUGGCGUGAAUUCAGGAGAAUUUCUUGAAAAUGUUAGCACAAAUGGAGAUGUUGAUAUCAACUUGGAAAAUACUCUGAGAGAAAGUGAGACGAUUGAAGCCCAGGGUGACGUUGGUGGCAAUGAAAACAAGGAUUUCGAGAGAAUGCAAGACGAUGGAAAAAUGUCGUUUGAAGAAAUUCUUGUUCUAGAUGCGAGUGCUUUGACCUCACAGAAAAUUAUUGAAGACGCUUUGAAAAAAUGUGCAGAGGUUCAAAGCAACGGUGAUAUUGCCAGAGAGGAUGAAAACUAUGACGGAACUCCUUCUGACGGAACUCCUUCUGACUUGCAGAAGAUUGAACUUGCAGGAUGUGAACGUCCUUUGAGUAGAAAAGAGAAUGAAGACAUCGAAAUAGCGAAUGUUAUUGUUGAAGAUUUGAAGAAUGGUAGCUCGAUGUUAACUGAAGAACGUGAUUACAAGAAACUGUUUGAAAGUGGAGAGCAUCUGAAUAAUGACUUUGUUGAAAUACAGCAACAACAUGAAGUGGAAAUGCAAGAGCUUCGAAUGACGUUACAAGAUGAAUAUCAAAAGCAGGUGUUAAAAAUUUCUGACGAACUUCGAGAUCAUUACCAGAACGACAUGGACGAGAAGAUUGCAAAAUUGGAAGAAGAUUGGGAGCUAGAAUUUGCAAAUCAGAAGCGUGAAUUUGACGAGCAGGUAUCCGCUGUGCAACGGGAACAGUCAGCGCAGUGUCAAGAAGCCAUUGAAAGAGUGACGCUGGACGCUGAGGAUCAGUUGAAGAACAUGAAGUAUGCUUAUGAGCGUGAGACUGCUGAACACAAGCAACGCAUUAAGGAGCUACUUGAGCGCGAGGCGUUGUGGGAAAUGAAAGAAAAUGAGCUGGCGAAUGAGAAAUCCGAGAAAGAGAAUGAAAGUUUGAGUAAAAUAAAAAAAUUAGAAAGUCAAUUAUCCUCUGAGCGAGAGGAAGUAGAGUCGCAGUUGAAUGGAGUCCAGGAUGAAAUAAAAACAUUGAAGAAAGAUCAUGAAAAUGAAAUGGCAAAUUUAACAAAUGAACUGGAGAGGAAAUACAGUGGCGUUGUUGAUGAGAUGAGAAAAGAACUGAAAUCAAAAUAUCAGGAUGAGAUGGAUCGGAAAGUGAAUCAAGUCGAGUGUCAUCUUCGUGAGCAAUACGAACAAGAUUUAGAGAAGACCAAGGAAGAGGUGUUGGAGAGUACUUCAACUUUGAAAAUGAAAUACGAGAAACAAGUCUCGGAAAUUCAAGUUCAACUGGAAGAAUUGCAUGAGCGUAAUCAACAACAUGAACUGAGAGAAGCGAGGUUGAAGGAAAACUUUGAAUCUGAGAGAAAGAAAGUCGCAGUUCAUUUGAAGGAAAUUGACAGAAAAACUCAAACGAUUCGAGCCUUGGAACAAAAUAAGAAAGAUCUGAGCGAAUUGGAGGAGAAGUUUAAUCAGUGUUUAAACGAGAAGGAUAUCUUAGAGAAAAAGAUGGAAAAAAUAUCAGAAUCUGAAAGUAAAGAAUCCAUAGAACUGACGCAAGAUCUGGCAAGAAAGAAUGAGAUUAUUGACGAGAUGCAACGACGAAUAGAUGACCUUCAUAAGAUUGUUGAAGAAUUACAGGACGUGAGGAAUAGCAAAGAAUACAAAGGCUUGGAAGAAACGAUAAAAACAAUCCUGCAAGAAAAAAUAACGUUGGAACAGGCUUUAGAAAAAGAAUUGCAAAAGAACGAGUUACUCACGGAAGAGAAGAGAUUGGAUGAAGUGGACAGAAUUAACGAUGAUGGAGGGAAUUAUGACAACAAUGAAUUAGAAAUCAAAGUUAGCCAACUGGAAAUUGAGAAACAGUCCUUAACACAACAACUCGAAAUCUCUGUGUCUGAAAUCACUUCACUGCAAGAAAAGAUGAAGGAGAACGAAAUUAUUGUUAACGAUUUGAAGUCCAACUGCGAUGCAAAGAUCUUGCAAAUUACUCGCAGCUUUGAAGAGGAAGUUAACGUGCUGGAAAACGAGCUAAAAAUGAAGAAAAGUUGCGAAGAAGAGGCUGCGGAACUCAAGAAAGAUGUUUCUAACCUCAACCAUGAAAUUGCUAAGCUUCAUUCAGAAAUAAAACAGCACAAGGUGACUAUUUCAGAGCUAGAAGAAACAUCACAAAGCCGUGAACUAGAAAUCGCAAAUUUGAUAAUGAAUUCCCCAUCUCCCAACAAUUUAAACGACCAGGAAUUUGAUUUUAGUCAAAGCUCAGGUGAUAAAACGCAACAACUCGAAAUCGAAUUGUCGAAAUAUAAAAAGAAAGUUGAAGAGUUGGAGGAAGAAGCGGAAGAUAAGUUUGAAACAACAUUGUGUUUAAACUGUCAAGAUCGCGAGAAAAAUGAAGAUAUUUUAAUCCAAACAAAGGCCUUAAUAGAGAAGAUCAAGUCUGAUUCUCAAAGGAAAGUUCAAAGUUUAAUGAAAGAUCUCGGCAAUAUGGAAAAAGCCUUUCAGGAACAGAGCCGGGAGAGUGAACAUUUGAAGGAAAAAUUGGGAAAGACCGAGGAAGAUCUUCGGAUGGAAAGAGAGAGGAUUCUAGAAAUUUCUAAAUUAGGAAAGAACUUGGAUGUUAAUGAAAACCUGUUGGGAUCUGAUGGGAUUACACAGGAUGCAACAGACACAAAAGGAAAGUUAAGAGAAAAUGACGAGGGCGAAGAAGUAACCUUACUCUCCUUACAAUCUCAACCAAAGUUAGAAGAUGAUCCUUCCCAAUUACCAAGUGGCAAAGAUUUUGGAAUUCUAUUUGACGAACAAGAAACGUUUUAUAAAACCGAGAUUGCAAGGAAGGACGAUGAAAUAUCCAAGUUGAUUGCAGAAAAUAAGAAAAUAUUGCAUCAAGUCCAAAACCUGAAAGAAAAACUUAAUGAAGGUGAAGCGCAAUACGAACAAAUACGGGAGCGAACUUUAGAACAGAAAACAAAAUACGAGAACGAAAUCAACUUGAUGCAAAAUGAAAUAAAGAUGCUGAUUGAAGAAAACAACCGCCUCAAAAAUAUUCAGGAGACCGAAGAUAUCCAGGUUAAGUUAGAAGAAAGCGAGGAUGCUUUGCAGAUGAAACUCUCCGAAAUUCAAAAUCUUCAGGCAAAAUUACUGGAAACUGAUAAUAUUUUAACGGAGAAAUCAAGUAAAUUUGAGCAAGAUAUGAAAACCUUGAACGAAAUUUUACAGGAUAAAGAAAACAGCAUUUCUGAUUAUCGAACUGCUGUUGAUUUGCUGCAAAACUCGAGGAAACAAUUGGAGUUAGAUGUAUCAAAUCAAAAACAAGAUUUCUCCGAGAAAGAGACGAAGCUUCUCCAUGAAAUUCGGGAAAUAAAAGUUGGAUUUGAGAGCGAGAAGACAAAAAUCUUGGAGGACAAUUUUCAGGAGAAAGAAGAAAUGAGAUUAAGGAUUGAAAAACUUGAGGUGUUGCUUGAUCAGCGUAACGUGGAUGUAUCUGAGGGUGACAUGGACGAGUUUGAGGGGUAUGAAGGAGUUGAGCAGGAUAAUUCACUUGAAGAGCCUAUGGUUACCAGAGAGUAUGAAGGGAUAGGCAGGAACUAUUUCCUUGAAGAGCAUAAAAUUGAGGAUGAUGUCUAUGCAUAUCAUGAUGAUGUGCCCAAGAUGAUGACGAGAAAUGCUGUUGAAAACCUGGGAGACCCUAAAGGAUAUGAAGGAGUAAAUGCGGAUAGAAGCUCCGUUCAAAGUACCAGAAAUAAAGUAGGACAAUACGAGGAGAUCCAUUACUAUCCAUCAGAUCAUCUUGGACAUCUAGAAGAAGAACAGUCCAAACAACCAUAUGAUAAGGACUUGGAAUACGAACAAGGAUUGAAGACACUCUGGGAAUUGAAACAUGAAGUAUUGAAGGAAGAAUACGGAGGGAUUGACGACAAGAGUGCGUCGCAUGAGAGUUUGUUCUCAGACGACAAAUAUAAGGAGAUUGGUAGCGAGGAAAGUCUGGAAUUAUUGAAAUACGAACAUGAAAUAGAUCUACUUCUUGAAAGGAAAGAAAAUGAACGUUUACGAGAUGAGAUAAAAACUUUGACGAACUGCGUUGAUAUGUUUCAUGAUGAAUGUGAAUGUCUAAAAAGAAGUUUGGAUAAAACUCUGCAUAUUGUGGAAAUAUUACGAGAAGAACGCGAUGAAUUGAUGAAAGAGAGUGACUUGAAUAUGAUCGAACAUUCAGAACUUGUAUUGGAUCUUAUUAAAUACGAAGAAACCAUCAGUAGACUGGAAAAAGGAAAUGAAAAGCUGGAAGAUGAUAAAAAAUUACUUGCAGAAUGUUUGAAGCAAAAAGAAAGGAUUGUGUCUCGAGGCGAGCUCCUGGAAAACGAAACUGGAAUAUCAAACAGCGCGAAAACUAAGCAUUCAGUGAACGGAGACAAGAGUUUGGAAAGACACACUUUGUUUUCAGAUAAUCCUGAAGUGUUCCUCUCGGAGAAACGGGGCUCAGAAGUUGGUGAUUUCCAGAGAAAGGAUGCAAGGUUUCUAAGAGCGAGUGCUGGAUAUCAAAGAAAUGAUAACGAAGCUCCGAGAAGAGGAGAUCAUCGCUGGAAAAGAACCAACAAGUUGCUGGAAGAUUCGGUGGAAAACGUUGAGUUGAAGAGUAGAAGACUUGUUGAUUUGGAAUUGGGAAAUGAAGAUUUGAGAAAAUUAUCAUGGCCUCAGACUCUUGAGGAAGUACAUUAUACACAGCGACACGCCGAAGAUGACUUCAAUACGGAGUGGAAAGGCCAAAUAAAUGAUGGACACAAAAUUGGAUUUGCUGGAGAACAGAAGAUGCUUCAUGCAGAACAAACAAUGUCAAACUAUGAAAGUCAAAAUGAGUUUGGCCACAGAAAGCAACUCCACAAAGAAUAUUACACUGCAUCACACCAACCAAAGAGCAAAGAGAAUCGUGGCGUGUUAGGGUCCUCUGUAUCUCACAGAAAGAUGACACCGCUAGACACUAGCGCAAAACAGCUCUGCCUAAAAACUGCUAAGAACACAGGACGAUCUUCCAAGACCAAGAAUGUUUCAAUUAUGGUUCCAAGACGCGACGAAUCUUCGUAUGAUUAUCCUAAGCAUUCUAGAAGUAUCAAAUUUGCGAAAACGUCAAUCAGAUCACCAAAACGGACAAAGAAACGCUACGAAUAUGGGACUACAGAUCGUGAAAAAUCUAUAAAAUCAAACUCCAGAAUUUUCUCACCAAAAGUUGAAAACAUUUCCAGAACUCCCGUAUUGAAUACUUCCACUUUCAAUUCUUCAAAGUUUCUAAACAGCAGCAUCCUGACAAGCACCAGAGAAAACCCAGCGACUCCCAGGCGGCUUGUUCCGAAUCUUGCCGGACUUUCACCGAUCGUAUCCCCGCUAGACCGUCACCAUCAGAGUGAGAAACUAAGAUGGCAAAUAUCUGAAGAGACACAAAGAACGAGAGACGACAGAACGACGUUCUUACUCAAUGAAGAUCCAAGUGGUUUAAUAACCAGGACACCAAAGAGAGAGGGUACCAAGAGUUCUAAAGCACACAUCAGAUCCUACUCGGCAGAUGACCGUUUGUUGACGUCAUCAAGGGAAAUGACACGUGACCUGAAUCUGGAGAAACCGCUGGUUGUAAAUUUUGAAGAUUUUGUGUUCCGUCAUAGAGUUAAGUCCUCGGAAGAUGUGGCUAGUAUUCGUGAUCCGUCACCUGCAGAACUGUGGUUUUCAUAAAUACUUUCAACCAACCAUCAUAGAAAUGGAACAGUUUUAGAAGCGCAACUAAAGCCAAAACUUCGUAAAGUUUUCCUUUUUGCAUAGAUCGAGUAUUUACAUAUAUUUUUAACUUGUAAUAUGUUAGUCUGUUGUA